GAGGACAGGAACAAGGACUGGACCUUGGAUGGCUGAUCCUCUUAUCCAGUCCUGACAUGGUGCUGGGAGGUCAGAGUCUGCGGAGUCCCGCUUCUGAUGGGCUUGGGGGCACCAGAGCAGGCCCAGGGUGGAUGCCCCUGCCACCUGGCCGUCAGGGCUCUCCCUGGGACUGGCCACCAGGAGUUCCAGCGUCCAACUUCAUUGAGGGGGCGGACCCAGAGCAGUCCAGCCCCUCCCUGGACCAGGGCCUCAAAUACCCGCCUGAGCCCUGGCACCAGAACUGCUGCCCCACCAAGUGAGGAGUCUGUGUUGUGCCACAGACACACCCCCAGCCUGGAUCUCUGACCUAGAUCCCGAGCCUCGGCUGCCGCCCCAUCCGCAUCCCAGCCGCCCGCUCCGCGCCAUGGGUGGGUUCCGCGCCCUAAUGGCCGCGCUCUGGGCGCUGGGGGCCGCCGGGGCCGCCGCGCUGCGCAUCGGAGCCUUCAACAUCCAGAGCUUUGGCGACAGCAAAGUGUCGGACCCAGCCUGCGGCGGUGUCAUUGCGCAAAUCGUGGCUGGCUAUGACAUCACGCUGGUGCAGGAGGUGCGAGACCCGGACCUGAGCGCCGUGUCCGCGCUCAUGGAGCAGAUCAACAGCGUGUCCAGGCACGAGUACAGCUUCGUGAGCAGCGAGCCCCUGGGUCGGGACCAGUACAAAGAAAUGUACCUGUUCGUCUACAGGAAGGACGCGGUGUCGGUGGUGGACACGUACCAGUACCCGGACCCGGAGGACGCCUUCAGCCGUGAACCUUUCGUGGUCAAGUUCUCCGCCCCCGGCUCUGGUAAGGCCCCGCCCCUCCCAUUCCGCGGCCCCGCCCCCCCCCCCCCCCCCCCCCCGCUUCUGACACGCGCCUUCGCAGCUGCCGGGGAGCUCGUGCUGAUCCCGCUGCACGCGGCGCCGCACCAGGCCGUGGCGGAGAUCGACGCUCUCUACGACGUGUACCUGGACGUGAUCGACAAAUGGGGCACCGACGACUUGCUGUUCUUGGGCGACUUCAAUGCGGACUGCAGCUACGUGAGGGCGCAGGACUGGCCGGCAAUCCGCCUGCGCAGUAGCGAGGUCUUCAAGUGGCUCAUCCCCGACAGCGCGGACACCACGGUGGGCAACUCGGACUGCGCCUACGACCGCAUCGUGGUGUGCGGCGCCCGCCUGCGCAGGAGCCUGAAGCCCCAGUCGGCCGCUGUGCACGACUUCCAGGAGGAGUUCGGCCUGGACCAGACUCAGGCCCUUGCCAUCAGUGACCAUUUUCCUGUGGAGGUGACCCUGAAGUCCCACUGAAAACCUUCAAGGCCUGGUCAGGGCACGCUGCCUCCAGACUCGACCUGAGGAGGACUCUGGCCCCCACAGAUCUCCUUCCGGAUGGCUGGCCAAGCCCCAGCAAGCCGUGGGGCAGGGCUGGCUGGACAAGUGGCUGUGGACACAUCACAGGCCCACUCAGCCUGUCUCUCCAUCUGUAAAAUGGGCUACGACAUCUACCUCCUCCUUGUGAGGAGCACCUACAGGGCGCCGGGUGCGUGGCUGUGCUCAAUAAACGGGAGCAAGCGUUUAGCCAGGA